GUGCAGUGGCAUGAUCAUGGCUCACUGAACGCCGAGCAGCUGGACCACAUCCAGCGGAACAAGGCAGUGGCCUUGCUCAGACUGGCGGGCCACAACAUGCCCGUGGGCUUCAGGGAGAGCUGGAAGAAGCCCCUCGUCGGCGAAUUCAGGAAGCUGUACUUCAUCCAGCUCAUGGGAUUUGUUGCAGAAGAAAGAAAACGCCACACUGUUUAUCCCCCACACCAAGUCUUCACCUGGACCCAAAUGUGUGGCAUAAGAGACAUGAAAGUUGUCAUUCUGGGACAGGAUCCAUAUCAUGCACCCAGUCAAGCUCAUGGGCUCUGCUUUAGUGUUCAAAGACCUGUUCCACCUCUGCCCAGUUUGGAGAACAUUUAUAAAGCAUCUACAGAUAUAGAUGGUUUUGUUCAUCCCGGCCAUGGAGAUUUGUCUGGGUGGGCCAAACAAGGUGUUCUUCUAUUCAAUGCUGUCCUCACUGUUCGGACCCAUCAAGCCAAUUCUCAUAAGGAGAGAGGCUGGGAGCAAUUUACUGAUGCAGUGGUAUACUGGCUGAAUAAGAACUCAAAUGGCCUUGUCUUCUUGCUUCGGGACUCUUAUGCUCUGAAGAAGGGCAGUGCCAUUGAUAGGAAGCGGCAUCAUGUCCUGCAGACAGCUCAUCCCUCCCCACUGUCUGUGUAUAGGGGGUUCUUUGGGUGUAGACACUUCUCUAAGACCAGUAAGCUGCUGCAGAAGUCCGGCAAGAAGCCUAUCGACUGGAAGGAGCUGUGA